AUGUACCAAAUUUUGAAGACACUCAAUAAAAAAUUUAUAUUAAAAAAUAUUUAAAAGCUAUUCUUUUUGAUUUAAAAAAUGCAGACAUAAGACUAAGGAUACUCUGAGAAUACAUAAAUAACUAAAUCUGGAAGAAAGCUAAAGUUCGGUUUACUAUUUGUUGGUGAUAAUGUUCCUUCAGAUUAGCUCGAAGACUAUGAAGUUGCUAUUACAGAAGAUGGGUUGGGCUUAAGAAAAAUAUAAGUCUGUUCAAGUAAGGAACUUUAUAGUGAGGUACUAGAAAUUAUGAGAUGGGCUUAUUAGGAUUUUUUGAAAAAAAGAAAUGAAAAUAGUAAAAGUGUUAUCUAGAAUAUAGAGAUGGAAGAUUUUAAGUAAGUAAAUUAGAGUGUUCCAUCUAGUAAAUAAGAGUAAAUGUUAAGCUUUGAUCAAAUAUUAGAUUUUAGAAUGUAUUAAGGAUAUGGAUAUGUAAAAAUUGAGAAUUUCAAAGAAUGCAUCUAGUACUUUUUUAAUAAGAGAAAUAAAACUUGUAAUUUUUAGUUUGUUAAAUACUUGCAUUAGAAAAAAAAACUGUCAAAAAUACUUUCAAUAAUUCCCUUAACACCCAGGAAGUAAGUCUAUGAAGAACAUGAAAAAAAGUUACAAGAAACAAUUAAAAGGCAAGAGUACCUUUUAAAACAUUAAAGUACCGACAAAGAAUAAAUAAAUGAGAACAAAUAAAAAUACAAAUUUCUUAGCUUUGAUGAGCAAUUUAAAAAAUUUAUAGCAGAAACAUCAAGCAGUUCUUCAGGUGAGCUUUCACCUUAACCACAAAAUAAUUAAUCUGCAAAUAAAAUAUACUCUUAAAUAAAUACUUAAAUUGCUAAAACUAAUUUUGCUUCUGAAAAAAAAUUGAGCCUAAAAGAGCAAAGCAUUGAAAAAUUUGAGAAUUAUCAAAAGAAUAAUUUUAACAAAAUCCACUUAAAGGAUGAAGCAUUAUCAAAAAAUGCAUAAAUAAAGAAAGUACAGCCAAAAGUACAAUUUGCUUAAGAAAUCAUAAAAAAAGAUGAGAUGAAAUUACAACUAUAAUAAUAAAAUAAAAUUUUAGUUUAGUAAUAAAAUGAAUGGAUUGGAGGUUAAUAAUUAUUUUAGCCAAAUACUUAUAAGCACUAUUGUUAAAAUGAAGAAAGAGAAAUUAUUCAAAAUUAAACAGCUAAAAGUAAAAAAAGGUUUGUAAAUUAAUAAGAUCAAAUUUAAUAGCAAGAUUGUUAAUCAAUACCUUAAAGGUAAUUAGGUGUUCCAAAAUUUUGUGGCGAAUCUCUAUAAUGUUAUCUAGGAAAUAAUAGCAUGAAUUAAAAGAAUGAAAAUUAAGAAAUUUAAUACUCCGAAUAAAAAUACAUUAAAUAAAUUAAAGAAUAGUAAUCAACUAGUAUAAAUAUUCCAAAUUAAGGGCAUAGAGUUUUUUAAUAAAAUUUACAACAGGAAGUAGUUAAAUAAAUCCACCCAAGUAGUACUAUCAAUUUUAGUGAAUUUAAUUAUAACAUUUAGUGUCAUAAUGAGAAUAACCAUGAUUAUCGCUUAAAAGAUUAAAUAAGAUAAGUUAGCAAUUCCAAAUACUAAGUCUUCUCUAGAUUGUAAGAUUAAUAAUUUUAAAAUUAGCCAACAAAUUUAAUCAAUAAUAAUCAAGAUAUUUUUGCUUAAACCAAAAAUUUUAUCUCCUAAAAGUAACAAUAAAACAAAUAAAAUUUUGAAGACUCUAAUGAGUUAAAUCAAGCAAAAAAUUCAAAUUUUUUUUAAGAUAACCAUUUUAUGUCACAUUAAAAGGGCAAGUUAUCAGCUUAAAAAUAAAAUCCUUUUAAAAGUAUGCAAAAAUAAAAUUUCAGAAGCAGAGAAUCCUCCUCAGAAACUACUCAGAAUUCUAGUAAAAUAAAUUCAAAUUCAAAUAGAUUACAGUCUUAACUAAAAAUAGGAGAUAAAGUUUAAAAAUGUAGUAAAAAAUUUGUGUUUUCUUAAAUUUUAAAGCAACAAGAUAGUGAAAUUAUAGAAGAUGAUAUUGUAGAAGUAGGCAAAGAAUGA